CAGACUUUUCAUCAUCUCUCUCGAUAGAUCAGCGCCUCAGGUAAUUCCUCUUCCUUCCUCAAAUUUUUAUUGAUUUGCAUAUGACUACCUCCUAGAUCAGCUCUUUUAAUUCUGUAUUUGGUUGAGAACAUGUGGAGUGGGUUGUACAUGUUUUUCUUCAUGAAUGCAUGAUAAAUUUCUUAUUGGUUGCUUUUACAAGUGAACUAUUGGAAUUAUUAACUCAAGCUCUUUCCUUUCUCUUCUCUUUCUAGAGUUUUUCUUAUCUAACUUUUUUAGGCAUGACUGAGUGUUCGUAAUAUAUUAUAAAUUGCAGCGGUGAUCAAGUUCAAGUAGCUUCCAAAAAUUACAAAAAUACUUGGGAACUUUUGUUUUACAAGUAAGACAAUUUAUCUCAUUAUAAUUAUCCUUUUCCUUUUUAGCUUAUAUUUUUUUUUUCAUGUACUCUCUUUUGUUAGCUUAUGAUAAAAGAUAUUUUGCUUUUUUAUAAUAAUGUAAAUCGAACUAUUAUAGGCAAACAUGGUUGAUGGUGACAAUGGUUUGUCAAUUCAACGUAAACGUCCUCGAGAGAAAAUUGAGGAAAAUGAGCAAGAAGAUAUGGAGUUUUUAUUAUUGCUUAUGAAGUUCUUUCUUAUACUUGUUGCUAUUUGUCAUCGUCGUAAGCAUAGGUAUGGAGAACUUCGAUUAUGUGAUCAAGAUGUAAGGGAUUAUCAGAGGAAGAUGUGGAUUAGAUUAUUAGAUGAUGAAAAAGUUUGCUUGCAUCAACUUCGUGUUACUAGACAAGCAUUUAAGAAAUUGUGUGAUGUUUUAGUGGAGAAAGGUGGACUAGUGGCCACAAGAUAUGUGACAAUUAAGGAAAUUGUAGCACUUUUCUUGCAUAUUCUUGCUCAUGACCUUAAAAAUAGUACAAUUAGAAGUAUUUUUGCUCGUUCAUCGGAAACAAUUAGUAGACAAUUCCAUAUUGUUCUACGAGCAAUGAUGAAAAUUGGAAAGUUUUACAUUAAACAAAAUAAUGUAUCCCUCCAUGAAGUAGAUGAUAAAUGGCAAUGGUUCAAGGGAGCUCUUGGGGCACUUGAUGGAACCCUUAUUGAGAUAACUGUACCUACUAGAUCAGCAUCGGAUUCUCGUGUUUUACGUGAUGCUUUGACCAGAUGCAAUAACUUAAAAGUUCCACAAAAUAUGUAUUAUCUUGUGGAUUUGGGCUACACAAAUGGUCAAGGAUUUUUGGCUCCAUAUAAAGGAACUAGAUAUCAUCUAAAUUUGUGGAGAGGAAACACUCCAACUAAUUAUAAGGAGUUGUUUAACCUUCGGCACUCUGCUGCAAGGAAUACAAUUGAACGCAGUUUUGGGUUACUAAAGAAGAGAUGGGCAAUUGUACGCCAUGCUUGCUUUUAUGAUGUGAAGACUCAAAUUAGAAUCAUCAAUGCAUAUUGGAAGCCUCAAGCUUACCAAGCAACUGUGGAUUAUCUUACGAAAUCAUUGAGCGUUAAUGUAACCAAGGAGCAAGUCAAGAAUAAAGUAAGACAAUGGCGAAAACAUUUCUCUAUUAUUAGUGAAAUCAGAAGCCAUCAAAGUGGGGUUCCAUGGGAUGAAGAAAAGAAGAUGAUUGUUAUAACAACAGAUAAUAUGUCAGCAUGGAAAGACUAUGUUCGGGAGAAUGGAAAGGCAAAUGUAUAUGCAAAUAGACCUAUAGAAAGGUGGGAUGAUAUUGUUAUGUUGUGUGGGACAGAUGGAGCAACCGGUGAAGGUGCUGAAACAUUUGAAGAUGCUGAUGAAGCAAUGGUGGGAGAGGAUGAAAAUGAUGUAGAGUACUCAAUACCACCUGCUGCCCCACCAACACAGCCUUCCACAUCAUCUACGAUUGAGUCCCAUCAAAAGAAACGGAGGAAAGAUCCAUUGGUUGCUAUUGUUGGUGACAUUGCUUCAUCACUCAAGGAGUACAUGAACUUGAAAAAGAAACCAAGUGGUCAAGAAAUAUAUGAAGUGGUAUCAACAAUUUUGGGUCUUUCUCAACAAGAAAUAUUCAAGGCAGUCCAAUUGUUAUUAAAUGGUGAUCCUAAGCAAUUUUAUUUGCUAAAAUCACUUCCUGAUGACAAGAAAUAUGAUUGCUUGGCUUUCCUUUUAAGUUCAGUUGGUUUCUCUGGCACAAGCAGUACAUGAAAUGGUAUGUUGAAGCUUUCAAUUUAUUAAUCACGUUGAAGGUUCUAUAAACAUAUAAAUUAUAUUUCUCUAUUAUCAGUUCUAGUUUUUGUUUUUCUGGAUUGGAGCUACCAUACAGUUGAUUAGCUAUAAAAUAACAUUGCUAGA